AGUAAUGUCGGUUUGACGGACUAUGCAGUGGGGUUUCGGUACGCGAUAGUGCAAUUGCGGUGUCCUGCUAUGCGGCCGAUGCGAAUAAUUCGCGAUUAAUGUCGCGAAUUCACAAAUAAAAUUGUGUGGUUUUCGAAGAAAAUCGUCAAGCAAAAAUCUGUGGAAAAUGCGGAGGAACGUGAAAAUAAUGCUGGUUUUCACGCUGGUCUGGAUGUUUGUUAUUAUUUACUAUCUUCCGGGUGUUUCAAAUAGUAGUAAUAAGACUGAAAACCGAGCUUUGAGACUGAAAGAGGAAUACCUGCCUUUAGAAAGUAUAAGCCCUUCCGUUCCUUCCUACAAUAUCAACAGCAACAACGAGGUUUCAGCAGAUUCAGGCUAUCCCAUUGCAUUACCGUACUCAGAAACAACAGACGGAAGAGUGGCUUGGAACUAUUUCGACGAAAAAAGGUAUAUAUCAAGAGGAGGAUUAAGAAAAGGAGAAGAUCCUUACAUUAGGAAUAGAUUUAAUCAACAGGCUAGUGACAGUUUACCAAGUAACAGAGACAUUCCAGAUACAAGCGAUCCAGCAUGUAAACAUAGACAAUGGAAAACUGAUUUACCACCAACCAGUGUGAUAGUAACAUUCCACAACGAAGCCAGAUCGACAUUACUAAGGACGGUAGUCAGUGUACUCAAUAGAAGUCCAGAGCAUCUUAUCCAUGAAAUAAUUUUAGUAGACGAUUUCAGUGAUAAUCCUGCUGACGGUGAAGAAUUAGCAAAGAUACAGAAAGUGCGAAUAAUCCGAAACGAAAAAAGAGAAGGGCUGAUGAGAUCAAGGGUGCGGGGAGCGGAUGCAGCAACAGCUACCGUUUUGACGUUUUUAGACAGCCAUUGCGAAUGUAACGCUAAUUGGCUAGAACCGUUACUGGAGAGAGUGGCCGAGGAUCCAACUAGGGUGGUAUCGCCUGUUAUCGACGUUAUUAGUAUGGACAAUUUUCAAUAUAUCGGUGCAUCCGCCGAUUUACGAGGCGGAUUCGACUGGACCAUGGUGUUUAAAUGGGAGUUCUUAAGUUUUGCUCAGAGGGAAGCCAGACGACGCGAUCCAACCAAAGAAAUUAAGACUCCAAUGAUAGCUGGUGGCUUGUUCGUGAUCAACAAAGCUUAUUUCGACAAACUGGGCAAAUACGAUAUGCAGAUGGACAUUUGGGGAGCAGAAAACUUCGAAAUAUCUUUCAGGGUUUGGCAGUGCGGUGGCAGUCUAGAAAUAAUACCAUGCAGCAGGGUAGGGCAUGUUUUCAGGAAGAAGCAUCCGUACACUUUUCCUGGCGGGAGUGGAUCAGUAUUCGCAAAAAACACUAGAAGAGCUGCAGAAGUAUGGAUGGACGAAUACAAGAACUUUUAUUAUUCGGCUGUGCCAUUAGCUAGGAAUGUACCAUUUGGAGAUAUUAGCGACAGAUUGGAAAUUAGGAGGAGGCUCCAAUGUAAGCCUUUCAGAUGGUACCUGGAUAACGUGUAUCCAGAGCUUACAGUUCCUUCCACCAUUCCUCGUCCAGGAGAAAUUCGUCAGGGUUCCUACUGCCUGGACACUCUAGGCCAUGUACUAGAUGGCACUGUUGGUAUCUACCAGUGUCAUCACACAGCAGGCAACCAAGACUGGACUUUAACCAACGAGGGCCUACUGAAGCAUCAAGACCUCUGCCUCACGUUGGUGAACUAUAUGAAAGGAUCUCAGCCUGUCAUGAGAUUGUGUGACGGGUCGGAAUGGCAAAUGUGGCAGCUCAUAAACCCGGACGGGCUCUUGAGGCAUUCGAAAUUACCUUUAUGUUUAGAUACGCGCCAUAACGAUAUUAAGGGCAUUACGUUGGAACGGUGCAAUAGCGCUUACGAUACUCAGAAAUGGCAAUUGAUUGUGAUUUCUUAAAACUAAGUUCUCUUUAUAGUCUAGCCAAAUUGUAUUUUUUUGAGGUAGUUCUAACUUAAUAUUUCCUUAAUAUUUUUCGAAACCGCUUUUGCGGUUUUUUUGCUUGAAACUCCCAAACUUUUUUUUUCAGAAUUAAUACCUCUGUACAAAAUUAAAGCAGCCAAAAUUUCCUAAAAAUUCAGUUCUCUAUAUUUUUUUCUCAGAAAAUCCAACUAAGCUCUAGGGCUGGUUUAAAAUUAUCGUAUUUUGAGCUAUCGCUUCAAAAUAGUUUUUUUUUCACUGAAAAGGCCGGAUGUAUAAAUUCCUUUAUGAAAAAUUUUGGUUGCAACAAAACAAAAAUUAAAAAUAAUUCUGUGAUAAUAUCGCAUUCAUAAAGCACUUAAAUUUAUAGUUUUGUUCUUUAGAGUCCUCUUAGCACUAGAACUUUGAAUAAGAAGACUAAGGAAGGAGCAUAAUGCUAUCCAUGUAUUCAUGCAUGGUGGGCGGAAA